AUGGUGCAUCUCCCAAAGAUCAACAAUGUCUACUUUCUGGCUUCUAUCGCCACUGUAGGUGGAAUGCUGUUUGGUUUCGAUAUUUCAUCUAUGUCAGCCAUCAUCGGUACUAGCCAAUACAUAGACUACUUCGACAAUCCCCAAGGUGUCGUUCAAGGAGGUAUCGGUUCAGCCUUGGCUGGUGGUUCAGUCAUCGGUGCCAUCAUGGCUGGUCCCGUAUCCAACAAGUACGGUCGUCGAGACUCCUUAUUCUUCGCUUGUAUCUGGUGGUUACUCGGCACCGCUCUCCAAACUUCCUGUAAUGGAAUUGGUAUGUUAGUUGCUGGUCGUUUCAUCAAUGGUAUCUGCGUAGGCAUCACUUCCUCACAAGCACCUGUAUAUCUCGCCGAGAUUGCUAAGAAAGAAAGUCGGGGAUCCAUUAUCGUUAUUCAACAAUGGGCUAUUGAAUGGGGUAUCUUCAUCAUGUAUUUUGUGGGAUACGGAUGCAGUUUUAUCAAGUCCACUCCCACAGCAUCAUUCCGUACCGCAUGGGCUAUGCAAUUUAUUCCCUGUGUCAUUCUUAUGAUGGGUAUCCCAUUUCUUCCUCGCUCACCUCGCUGGCUAGCAAAAGUCGGACGCGAAAAAGAAGCCAUCGCUAUUCUGGCAGAUAUCCAAGCAGGCGGUAAUAUCAACGAUCCACUCGUAAUCGCCGAAUGGGAGGAAAUCACCACCAUUCUUGCUGCCGAACGCGAAGGCCAGAAAGGGUGGAGACGAUUCUUCAAAAACGGAAUGUGGAAACGUACAUUGGCGGGUACGUCUGUACAGGCAUGGCAACAGCUGAGCGGUGCGAAUGUGAUGACUUAUUACGUGGUUUAUAUUUUCGAGAUGGCUAGCUUGACAGGAAACAUCGGACUUGUUUCGUCUGGUAUCCAAUACGCUAUUUUCAUCAUCGGCACUGCAGCAACUUUCUUCUUUAUCGACAAAACUGGUCGAAGACCGUUACUCAUCUACGGCGCCCUCGGAAUGGGCAUCUGCAUGUUCGUCGUCGGCGGCAUCCUCGGCUCCUACGGCACCUACCUCCCCGACGGUCUCGACGGCAAUCUCAGCGUGCGCGUGCAAGUCUCCGGCUCUCCAGCCUACACCGUUAUCGCCUUCUGCUACAUUCUCGUACUUCUCUACUCCGUAACGCUCGCGCCUAUUGCCUGGGUCUACGCGGCGGAAGUCUGGUCGUUGGAGACCCGUGCCACGGGCAUGGCGCUCGCGUCGAUAGCAAAUUGGCUCUUCAAUUUCGCCAUUGGAUUGUUUAUACCAAGCGCGUUUCAGAAUAUUAGUUGGAAACUUUUUAUUAUUUUUGGGGUGCUGUGUUUUGCGGCGGCGGUGCAGGCGUUUUUUACGUAUCCUGAGACGGCGGGGAAGACGCUCGAGGAGAUUGAAUUGCUUUUUGCGAAGGGGGGCCCCAAACCGUGGAAGACGAGACCCGGGGGAGUUUGUUGGAUGAGAGGGUGA